AAGACUGCACUUAAGUCGAUCCUCUUAUAAGUGUGACGCUUUCUCUGACUGACUGUGAGUGGAACCUCGUUAAAGAGAAGACAGUUUGCGCUGCGAUUCGGCUGCUAGCGGAGCCAACAAUGGAGCGUUGGGCGGGCAGAGUGGCCGUCGUGACAGGGGCCAGUGCGGGAAUCGGUGCUGGAAUUGCGAAAGCGUUGGUGCUCAACGGCAUGAAGGUGGUUGGAAUGGCCAGAAGAGCAGACAAAGUUGAGGAUUUAGUAAAAGAGUUACUGGCAGCAAAUGCUCCUGGCGAGCUGCACGCGGUCAGGGUUGACCUUUCGAACCACGAAGAACUGCAGGCGGCCGUGCAAUGGACCAAAGAAAAGCUCGGCGGCAUCGAUGUGCUUGUAAAUAACGCUGCCGUUCUUCACUCGACCUCUUUAGCCGGUGAGGGGCAAGAAGACCCUUGGCCAAAGUGGCGGGCGAUGGCCGACCUGAAUUUAAUUGCAUUGCAGGUCCUCACAAAAGAGGCAGUGAAAGAUAUGAGGAGUAGAGGUGUUGACGAUGGACACAUUGUUCACAUCGGAAGUAUUGUUGGGACGAGAAUCGUAGACAUGCCAGGUGGUUAUGCCUUUGCAGGAAUCAAACAUGCCAUCGGGGUGAUGACCGAAGGUUUGAGGCGGGAACUGAGAGACCUGGGAACCAAAAUCAGGGUCACGAAUAUUAGCCCAGGGUUUGUAAAGACGGAUUGGUGGAUGGCAAACGGAUUGUCUGAGAUUGAAAAGGAAAAAAUGUACUCUGAAAAUCCCAGUUUGGAGGUGGAGGACAUUGCCAAUGCUGUGAUCUACGCACUCGCGUGUCCGCCACAUGUGCAGAUCCACCAACUCACCAUCCAACCUGUGGGAGAAUUUUUUUAAACUGCUCAGAAGCUAUUUAGCACAGAAAUAGAUUAAUAAUUGAUCAAAUAACAGAUGAAUAAUUUGAACCCAAUAAAACAAUAUUUUUGCAAGUAUUUCUAAAUUUAAUAACUAAUUGUAAGAAAUAAAGAAUGCUGAAAUAAUUUACUUAAUAAUACUUACGUAAUAAUUUAAUUAUUUCAAGAUUAAUGGUAGACUUCUUAUUGAUUUCCCAUAACAUUCGGGGAACCAUAACUAUAGUAAUGUACCAGAAUUACAUAUUAAUAAAUUAAAUAUAGUGCUAAA